AUGUCGUUUGAUGGGUUUAAAGACAGCCAGUACCGACAACGACGGAAAGUAUUCGCCGACAUCGCUUAUCAGUAUCGUCAUGGUCAGCCAAUCCCUCGUGUUAAAUACAGAGAGGAAACAAAAACAUGGGGACGUGUAUUUUCCGACGUGACUGGUCUUUACCCGCUCUAUGCCUGCAGGGAAUAUAACGAGAAUCUACAGAUUCUACGCGAUCAUUUCGGCUUCAGAGAGGACAACAUACCACAACUUGAAGAUGUUUCGGUCUUCUUAAAGGAACGCUCGGGUUUUCUGCUCAGGCCGGUAGCUGGCUAUCUGUCAUCACGUGACUUUAGCGGAUUGGCGUUUCGAGUGUUUCACUGCACUCAGUACAUUCGUCAUGCCUCCAACCCGUUCUACACACCAGAACCUGAUUGCUGCCACGAGUUAUUUGGUCACGUGCCGAUGCUGGCGGACAAAAGCUUCGCGCAGUUUUCACAGGAAAUUGGACUAGCAUCCCUUGGGGCAUCUGAUGAGGAUAUCAAGAAAUUAGCGUCGUGUUAUUUCUUCACGAUUGAGUUUGGUCUCUGUAAACAGCAGGGCCCUCAGGUCUACGGUGCUGGUUUGCUGUCAUCAAGUGGAGAACUACAGCAUGCUAUGUCCAGCGAAGCCAAGAUGCUACCAUUCCCCAAUAGCAGCUACGAAGCAGAAUGUCGUAUCACUACAUACCAAGAUGCGUACUUUGUUUCUGAGAGCUUUGAAGAAGCUAAAGAAAUGAUAAGGGAUUACGCCAGCAUGAUCCGUCGCCCCUUCUCCAUCCGCUACAACCCUUACACCCAGUCAGUGGAGAUACUUCAGUCUGCUGAGCAGAUCAACAGUGUCAUCGAUGAGCUGAAGGAUGAUCUCAGCCUUCUGAGCAGCAUCUUGGCCAAGGUUGUGGUGUCCGAUGACAGGGAAGGGAAGAGCCUCGAGUCAGACUAA